GAAGAGGGGGCAGCCAGGUCCCGGUCAGCUGAGGCUUUGUGAUUGAAUGAGGGAAUUUUGCUCCUUCUUAGGGGCAGUCUCCCUUCCAAGAUGGCCCUUCAGGCAGGAAGAGAGGUUCUAGAAUUUCUUUGGUACUGGCAUCCAGAGUUGAAGAAUAGCAAGAGAGUUCUUGGAGGGCCCAUGCCCCCUUGCCCCUUCUCAUAUCUCAUUUCCUGCUUUCAGCCCCAAGCAUCAAUGGAGCUUGGGGUGGAGAUGGUUUAGAAGCUUCUCCCAGUCCUAGAGAGUAUGGCCAGCUUCCCUUCCUCUACCUUUCUCCCUUCUCCCCGCAGGGUCCUCUCCUCAGCGCGCCCUCCAAAACUGCAGGUCAUCCCCCAGGAUAGGGCUGGAGAGCAGGAGACAGGUGAAGGUUGAAUUCCGCCUCUUACCUCCUGCAUCUCAGUUUUCCCAUCUGUAAAGUGGGGAUACUACGAAUCUCAAGCCCGCAUGGCUCACCGUGAGAUGAUGUAUAUGUAAUAUCAGGAGAGAAAUGUUGGAAAAGACUCCAGCAAGCAGGAGGCCGAGCCUUCCCAUGCCUGUCAAAUGCAUGUCUAGGCCAGCGCCCUGCUCUACUCGUGGGCACCUGAGUGUUCGCAGUAAUUGGAGAUCAUGUCCCAGCCCUGCAGUGUGCCCCUGCCGCUGAGCUUCCCUCCGUCCCCUUGUCCAGUAUUCCCCUUCCCCUCUAACACCCAGGCCCUGGUUUAAGGCUGCGGGCAUCCUGCAUCUGCCAGGAAGCCCGCCCAAGCUGUCCCAGUGGCGUGUGUCCCGCUUCCCCACCUGCCUCCCUCCUUUCUUCCCACCAAAAGGCAAAACCAAACCAAACCCCUACCCUUCACACUUCCUGCCGGAACACACUUGCAUCACUAGAUUUGGCUGUCCACCGCGGUGCUAUGAGUACUCCUCACAGCCUUCUGCAUCUGUGAGUCUGCCUGGAACUGUGAGAACUGCGGGUUUGUCAAGAACAGGGGCCCUGCUGAUGAUGCCAGCUUCCUGAACAGCUCGUGUUCAGGAUGGCAGGUGCUCUCUUGAGUCAUGGCUUCUUCAAAGCUACGAGAACCCGCGGAUGAGGUUUUCGACCUGGACUUGGCUGUGCCAGAGACCGUCAGACUGGACAGCAGUUUACACAAGGCCCGAGCCCAGCUACUGGCCAAGGGCCGGAGACACCGGCCCUCCCGCUCCAGGCUCCGGGACAGCGCCAGCUCCGCAGAGGACGGUGAAGGCUCCGAUGGGCCCGGAGGCAAGGUGACCGACGGCUGCGGGAGCCCCCUGCACCGGCUGCGCUCGCCUCUGCACUCGGGCCCGGGGUCCCCUGCGGGGGGCUCUUUCUGCCUGGAGCCUCCGGGGUUACGACGCAGCCUAGACGAAGACGAACCUCCGCCCUCGCCGCUCACACGCUACCGUCCCCUGCACAACGCCGCCUCGCACGAGGGCCUGGCCGCCGCGUCCUGCUCGCCGCCGCGCUCGGCGCCCUCCUCGGACAGCUCGCCCAGCUUCGUGCGCCGCCACCCGCGCGCGGAGCCCCACAGCGAGGAUGACAGCCGGGAUGCCAGCCCACCUGAGCCCGCCAGCCCCACCAUCGGCCUGGAUAAGAAGACUCGCCGAAAGUUCCUGGACCUGGGGGUCACCUUACGCCGAGCGUCCACUAGCAAGAGCCGGAAGGACAAGGGCAGCAACCGUUUGUCCAUGGGCAGCAGGGAGUCAGUGGAGGGGUCCGGCAGGUCAGGGGGCUCCCCGUUCCUGCCCUUUUCCUGGUUCACAGACAGCGGCAAGGGCUCGGCGUCCUCUGGCAGCACCACCUCGCCCGCCUGCUCCCCUAAACACGAGGGCUUCAGCCCUAAGAAGUCAGCUUCUCAGGAAUCCACCCUGAGUGAUGACUCCACACCCCCUAGCAGCAGCCCCAAGAUCCCAAGUGGUCCCCGGCAGGAGACCAAGUGCUCCUACCCCUACCACACACUGUCCCAGUCUUCGGAUGAGUUCCUGGAUGAACCCCUCCCCACUGUCCACCACUGGACCAGCCAGCAGGUGGGCCAGUGGCUGCACAGCCUGAACCUGGAGCAGUAUGCCGCCGAGUUCGCCGCGCGGCAGGUGGACGGGCCCCAGCUCCUGCAGCUGGACGGAAGCAAACUGAAGAGCCUGGGGCUCAGCAACUCGCAUGACCGGACGCUGGUGAAGCGGAAGGUGAAGGAGCUGGCCGCCGCCGCUGAGAAGGAGCGCAAGGCCCAGGAGAAGGCCGCACGGCAGCGUGAGAAGCUCCGGCGCAGGGAGCAGGAGGCCAAGAAGAGCUAGGGGCAGGCGGGGGGCAGGCACUGGCACCCAGGCGCUGGUGGCCGCCGGGCUCGGUGGGCGCAGGCCUCAGCGGGGAGGCGGGGCCUGGGCGCCAAGCUUGGGCUGGCCGGGCCCCACACUCUCAGGGGGUACAUGCCCUCUCUCACCCUGUCACUGUCUGGACCCAGAUCCCCCAGAAAGGGAGACCCCGGGAGAGGGCCCAGUGAUAAAUCCAGUUUUAAGGACUUGUUUGGCACAGAGUUCCUAGGGGAGCUGGCAGGACAUGGGCAGAGGACAGAGAGGCCGGGGCUGAAGCAAGUCUGGGCACCCUGAGGCACCCGGGUCAGUCUGACCCUCUGCCCUCAGGCCGUGGCGGUGCUGGCCAGCAGUGAGCUAGGACGCCUGCCAGCCUGCCUGCCUGCCCGCUAGAGGCUCUGAGAUGGGGCCCUGGUCCCAGGGCUUAGGUAGGAAGCAUCGCAGCAGGGGCAGGUGAUAGAGUGGCUCCUCUCCAGCUCUCCGAGGUGGUUAUGUGCUGGGAGAGCGCUCUUCUGCUCCCAGGGGAGGCUGGCAGGCACUGCAGCAACCUGCACUCAGGGUAGACUCCCAGUCUGCACUCAACGGAAGAGCGGCGAGAGCGGCACGGUUACCCCGAUUUUUGCCAGGAGCAGGGAGGGUCGAUGAUAACAUCCUUCCCCUUCCCUGUCCUGUGGGUUCCAAUGGUGAGAUGGCAUCCAUACAGGCCUGCCCCUCCCGGGGCCCACUCAGGGCCUGGUCUUUGACCUGCUCUCUAGCACAAGGCCCACUUCUCUUGUUCCCUCAGAGGACAGCUCAGCCCUCUCUGGGGACAGAGCAAACUUGGGAGCUGGGGGGAAGGGGACAGAGGACACUCCCACCCAUGCCUAGGUGGCACUGAACGGGUGAAUCCUCACCCCAGCCAAGUAGAGAGGCAAAAUCUGGGAGUUUCCCUGGAAUCUUCUGGAAGGGUUCAUCAGCCUUCCCCCAUCUGCUCUGGUCCCUGUUGGAGCCUCAGUGGGUUCCAGAACCGGCACAGUUGUGCCAGCUCUGGUCCCCUGCACCACAAGGAAGGGUGGGGCCAGGCCCCUGGGUAGGGGUGGGAUCUAUCCCAGCAGCCCGGGGAUGACAUCUAUCCUUGUAAGGAGGGAGCGUUCAGGUACAGCACUGGCCGGCAGCUUCUAGAGGAUUGGCCAGUGACCAGUGGGGCUGGGGGCCCUCUGAUUAGAAGUCCCGGUCCACCUCCACCUGCCUACAGUGGCGGACAGGACCCAACCCAUGCCAACUCCCCUCAUUCUUGCUCAGAGGCUGUGGCUUCAGGGCCACCCCUGCUCUGGCCACGGUCUGGUCCCGGGGACUCAGCCCUUUACUCCUCUCUGCUGUCUGUGCGGGGAGAGGAGCUUCAGAGGAAACAGAUAUGGGGGCACCAAUACUGUCGGGGCCUGUUGGAGGGGCUGGUGGGGAGGGUGGAAGGCACCCAGGCCUUUGAAACUAUCAGGAGCUAUAUGGGCGCCCUCCUGCAUGUGAAGGGGGGGUGGUACUCAAUUUAUUUCAAUAAACACUUACGAUGUG